GAGCAGGUUACGGCGGAUGUAUAACGUGCCGGUGUACAAAGGUCCGCUCAACGCGUACAACGCUUCGUCGUUCGAUUUAGAACUAUACAUUGAGGGUCUGCCUGAGGAUGUGUCUGACUAUGCACUGGUGACCAUCACACGCGCGUCUGUGCGCACCUCGCGCCGGUUCGCGAUAUACAGUCCGUAUGUGCAGAUCACAGUGGACGAUGCAAAGCACAGUGUGUGCCG